UUGCUCAUCACACACCGUUGCAUUUAAAGAGCCAGUGAGGCGCAUGCUCGGUGCACACGGGGCCGCCUCACCUGGGACGUGUUGCUCAGCUGCGGCUGUAUGCGCUCAGAGAACUCCAGGUAGAAACUUGAAGGAUGCACCGCGGUGGACAGAGGCUGAAUGAUGCACUACAGACCUGCUCUAUUAUGACCAGGACGGAUGAAAACACUUCAAGAAGAGGUGGACACCUGGAGUCACUGGGUCUUUCAUGUCAGUCGGCUUGAUCAACCAAAGUUCACUCACUUGUAAGUCAUUUUAUUCUUUCUCUUCCAUUCAUAGCCGAGGCUCCUUGUGCAUUAACCUAUUGUAUGCCACCAGUCAACAUUUUCCAUGUAGCUAUUGAAAGAAAGAAAGAAAGAAAGAAAGAAAGAAAGAAAGAAAGAAAGAAAGAAAGAAAGAAAGAAAGAAAGAAAGAAAGAAAGAAAGAAAGAAAGUGGAGAGGGAUGAAAAACAGAAUAACAACACCUGAAGCCAAAUUCAAUACUCUAUUCAAGCCAAAGGCACAGUAACGUAUAAGAGUUUAUCCAUCUAAACAAAGAGUGCUCUAUACUGUAUUGUGCAUGUUUCACAGUGUGUCUACAGGGGCUGUGUGCCUCCUGACAGGUAGAUACAGGAUGAUGCUCUGGGUGUGUAGACGAGAAGAGAUAAUAACCCUCACUGGACCAUCACCAAGGAGACAGGAACUCCAGAGAGUUGACUGCACUGUUUGCCAUAAAAUCUCAUAGGUAGACUCGUGCCACUGCAGUGAUCUGUGUUCUGAGAGAGGAAGGGUAGUUGCUAUUAUUAUUACAUGAAAAAAAAUCUUCUCAUGUAUGAUCUUGUGUCUGAUUUGUGAACCACAGGAAAUGGGAAAAUGCUGCAAAUGCAACGGGAGACUGCUGUGCAUGUGCCUGCUUCCUUGCAUGAUGACCGGCCACCUUCUGAUUUACAUCAUGGUGUCCAUCUUCAUCACCAUCACCUACACUCCCCCGAAGAUAACCGUCCACUACAUAGCCCCGGGGGUUUCUGCUAAUUCCUCAGCUUUGGCCUCUCACCCACUUGGCCCUUUCUGGAACCUUCGCUUGGAGGACAGCGCGUUGUGGAACCGGUUGCAGCAUGCUUGGGACCGUCAGCACAAUCCAAUCCUGAGAGGAAACACAACUGGCGUAAUGAGGAAGCCAAAAGCUGAGUUUUUAUCAGAAAUUGAGGAUGGAUGCCUUUCUGACUGCAUGUCACACAAGUGUUCAGUCCCUCGUGUGCACGAUUUUGACAGCUUUCCAGAUCAAAUGAAAGCAUUUAUCAGGUCAAUGCACUGCAGGGAGUACCCCCUCCUCAUCAACCAGCCGGGCAUUUGUAAAAAGAACAACAGAAGCUUUGGUGUGGACGUUCCGAUGCUCCUCAUGGCCAUUAAAUCUCAAGUGGGGAACUUUGAAAACAGGCAGGCCAUCCGUGAAACGUGGGGGCGCAGUGGUCUGGUGAUAGGAGGGACAAAUAAGAAAUUCAGACUAGUUCGCACUGUGUUUCUGCUGGGAAGGCAGGACUCAAGCACAGGUCCUCACCCAGACCUCAAAAACCUCUUGGAGCUCGAGAACCAGAAGUACGGCGACAUUCUGCAGUGGGACUUCAGAGACACUUUCUUUAAUUUGACCCUAAAGGACUUGUUGUUCUGGCAUUGGUUCCAGCAGUACUGCCCCACUGCCUUGUUUGUCUUCAAAGGGGAUGAUGAUGUGUUUGUUCGAACAGACGCCCUGCUGGAUUACCUGCAAAAACAGUGGGAGGAGCACACCCUGUGGAAGGCUUACACCAACGACACCAACAUUGAUCUGUUUGUUGGGGAUGUGAUCAACAACGCACAGCCGAACCGUGAGCCGUCCACCAAAUACUACAUACCAGAAAGCUUCUACAAAGGUGUGUAUCCGCCCUACGCCGGCGGAGGAGGGGUCGUGUAUUCAGGUUCACUUGCAUUACGUUUGAAAGAGGCGUCAGACAGGGUUCGCCUGUUCCCCAUUGAUGAUGUGUAUCUUGGCAUGUGCCUGCACAGACUGGGGCUCUCUCCCAGCCACCACCCGGGCUUCUUGACAUUUGAUCUCCCACAUUCAGACAGGAGCAAUACCUGCGCUUACAAAUCUGUCCUGCUGGUUCACAGACGGAGUCCCAAGCAGAUGCUGACGCUGUGGAAACAGAUUCGAAAUCGGCGUGCUCCGUGCUGAGGCUCAUUUGAUA